CUCAUUUUAUGGCGCGACCCGCCAGGAAGCCGGCGCCUUCUUCGUUCAGUUCGUCCGCCCGCCCGACCUGUGGCCUUUGCCGCCCGAACCCGCCGGGGUCGCGUCGACUCUCGGAUGGACCGGAGCGUCUGCUGAACGAACCCGUUAACGCUGCGGUACCGACUCGUUUCCGUGCGCCGCGGCUACUCGUCCGACUCCCCGACGCGUCGUGGAAAAAUGAGGCGAGGUCGAGACGGCGGAGAUGAGGAGGCCUCCCCGCAGAGCGCCGGCGCCGCCGCCGCCGCCACCGGGGGGGGGAGACGGGACGGGGUGAACGGGAGAGACCUGGGUGGUAUUUUGAGUAACGCGACGGAGGAGGACGACGACCCGGCCCUCCGGCGGGAGAUCAGGAGCAAGUACCGGAACCUGAUCAGCUCCGUGAAGCAGAACCGGGAGGAUAUGCUGAACCCCACCAACGACUCGCUCUCCAAGGUUUUAGACGAGGCCAACAAGCUUUUUAAAGAUGUACGACAGCCCCGAGAGGCAGCUCUGGAUGCCCAGCUCCUUGUUGUGGCCACAGACGUGGGUAGAGAGAAGGCCAACCAACUGUGUGCUGAGGGCAUUGCUUUUGACCCUUCUGUCUUUGCUGAGCAUCUUCUGUCCUUCAUGGGUCUAAACCGACUGGAAAAUGAAGAGGAAGACCAGGAAAAUGGAUUUGGAAAUGAUGGCUACCUUUGCAAAGAUGCCUGGCAUAGGUUGGCCAAAAGAACACAGAGCUGUUUCAGAACAGCCCCCACCUUCCACUACAUGAUGGGUUCAUUUCAUGCAGAGCCCCCUCCUCCGAAGCAGCGAGUAGAGCGGCAAAAGAAAGCACCCAGCAUGGAGGCCAAAAGAAUCAUGCCCACACAGCUGAAGAAAAUGGAAGAAUCCCAGCAAGAGGCUACUGAGAAGGAAGUGGAGAGGAUACUAGGAUACUUGAGAGGUUACUUUGAAGAAGACUCAAGUUCACCAAUAUCCUAUUAUGAGUUUGUCAUUGACCCCAACUCAUUUUCUCGGACAGUCGAGAACAUUUUCCACACAUCUUUCCUGAUAAGGGAUGGUUUGGCAAUGAUGUACUUGGAUGAUGACGAGUUACCCUGUAUAGCUCCUGUGGUGGAGGGGGCGGCGGAAAGUGCAGCAACGGGAAGCAGUAAACAGUGUAUCAUCGCUAUCAGCCCCAAGAGUUGGAGGGAGCUCAUUGAUUUGUUGGACAUAAGAGAGCCUUUGAUUCAACCACUAAACCCAGAGAAUGAGUGAUACAGCUUACCCUUGUCGUCUGUAAAUUAGAAUGUGUGAAUUUAUUUUUCUAUUAAUUAUUUUAAUCUUUGCAAGAGGGAAAAAAUGUGAACACCACAAUAAAAACAUUUGAGCACACAAAACCCAAUGACUUGAGGUCAUUAAUUAACUUAGUGUAUUAAUUAACUUAUAGUGUAUACAAUACAACUUCACACUAUUUGACACUGAAAGUGUAACACAUUAGAAUGGAAAACAAGCCAUGUUUGGAGUCAUUUAAAGUGGAGGACUCCUGCAGAACUACCAAAAUGAACAGAUAAGGUGGCAUUGGCAGUAAAUAGACUCCGAGGGUAUUACAAAAAACCAGUACUUGGGCUGUAUUAGUUGUGCUCAUCCAAUCUCAUGUAAGACUAUUUAGAUCUAAAGCACAGAUUCAUGACUCUGGACAUGUUUUCUUUUUCCUAUUGAGUACACAGUUAAUGUAUCGUGAGUUUCACGUGCUCUUUAGACAUGGUUGUAGUUCUCUUGGUUCGCGUACACACUGUUACAGAGUGAAUAUAGAGUAAACAGUGGAGACCUACAGCCAGACCACUUACCCAGUGGUGACAUUACAUAGUCCCACAGCUGGUCAGGAAAUUCAUACCUACUGCUACAGGGAUCAUUGAAAGUAUAUCAAAAUCAAAAAUUCACCAGCAACUUCCAGCAUGAGUUGUGACAGCAUCCUGACCAGCUGCAUCUCAGUGUGGUACAGCAAGUGCACAUCAGUAGACCAGAAAGCUCUGCAGCAGGUCGUCAAGGCGGUCCAGCAUAUCACCGGUACCCAGCUCCCAGCCAUAAAAGACAUUUAUCACAAAUGCUGCCUUCGAAGGGGUCUCAGCAUCAGCAGAGAUCCCACCCACCCCAACCAUGAACUGUUCUCCCCCCUGUGCUCUGGGAGGCGCUACAGGAGCCUCGGAGCCCACGCAUAACCAGGCCCAAAAACAGCUUCUUUCCCCAAACUGUUACCUACCUGAACCUGGCUACCCACUGAAUGUCUGUAAAUAUGUUUAUACUUGGGCUCUUUUUUUUUUUACUUUUUAUCUUUAUCUUUUAGUUUUCAUCUGUAUAUAUCUCAUACUAUGUUUGUCUAUGCCUCUCGCACUGUUUGGCGAAGCCACAGCCCUCAUUUCAUUUUUAUACAUGUGCCUGCACAUCGUUUUUAAUGACAAUAAACUGAA